CAGCGGGGGCUGUGCACAUCCACACAGGCAUGGCUCCUCUGGGUGGGAAAAACACAGGAAGAAGGAAGGAUGGGAUUGUAAAUCGCCUUAUCUAUUAGAGUUUUCCCCUCUGCCGUCCGUCCGUGUGUGUGUGUGUGUGUGUGAGUGUGUGUCUGUGUGCGCGUGUGUGUCAGUGUGUCUGUGUGUUAGAGUGUCAGGGAGGAGGGGACGUUUUCAUCACAGCCUCCAGCAGCUCUUUUGCUUUCACCAGGGAAGCCAGGCAGCCAGAUCUGUUUUGCUUCCUGCUGGGAGAAAAAAAGAAGGGAAAGGACAGCUGUGUGUUUUCACCCCAGUUUUUCCACUGUGGAUCUUAUUUUCACACAUACGUAUAUGUAUGCUGGAACUCAUGAAAGGCAAAGGGAAGGAGCCGGAGAGUGGGGUCUAGAAUGGCUCACUAUAAGGAUGUAUCUGUCAGGAAGACUUCUUUAAACCUGGUGACUGGAUUUUUUCAGUAUCUUCGUGAUGAACAAGAGGCAGUGCAGAAGAGAACCUUCACAAAAUGGAUCAAUUCUCAUUUAGCAAAGCAUAAACCACCACUAGAGGUUAACGACCUUUUUGAGGACAUCAAAGAUGGGGUGAAGCUCUUGGCUCUGUUGGAAGUGCUGUCUGGCCAGAGACUACCCUGUGAGCAAGGCCGCCAGCUGAAGAGGAUUCACUGGGUUUCCAACAUCGGCACCGCACUCAAAUUCCUUGAGGGCAGGAAGAUCAAGCUUGUUAACAUUCAUGCCACUGACAUCGCAGAUGGACGACCAUCAAUUGUCCUUGGGUUGAUAUGGACCGUUAUCCUCUACUUCCAGAUUGAGGAGUUAACCAGCAACCUGCCAGCCCUCCAGGCGCUUUCCAACAGCAACUCUUCUGUGGAGAGUAUAGCCAGCUCUGAAACAGGAAGCCCACCCAUGAAGAGGAAAGUGGUCAACAAAUUUCAGGGCAAUGCCAAGAAGGCCCUGCUCAGAUGGGUGCAGUGCACUGCUGCAAAGCAUCAUGGAAUUGAGGUGAAGGACUUUGGUCCCAGCUGGCGAGAUGGUGUUGCAUUCCAGUCUGUGGUGCACGCCAUCAGGCCAGACCUGGUGGACAUGGAGGCUGUGCGCAGGAGAAGCAACAGGGAAAAUUUGGAGGAGGCCUUCUCACUUGCUGAAAAUGAACUGGGCAUUCCCCGUCUGCUGGAUCCAGAAGAUGUUGAUGUAGACAAGCCAGAUGAGAAAUCCAUCAUGACAUAUGUGGCUCAGUUCCUCAAGCACUAUCCAAACCCCCACCACUCCGAGACUGAUGGACAGCAGGAUGAGUUUGGUCCCCAAGAUAUAGAGCAAAUGCUUGAGAGAGAGGAGCGGAAGAUGCUGAGAGAGCUGAAGGUGUUUUUAGACCAGCUGGAGAGAGAUGUGCUGCGGGCCCAGGGAGCAGAGGGAAACCUCACUGACAAAUAUCAGGCGUUUAAGAGCUUCCGUGUACAGUACGAAAUGAAGAAGAAGCAGACGGAUCCGCUGCUGCAGCCAGUCCACAGGGAUGGCAAGCUGUCCGUGGACCAAGCUCUAGUCAAACAGGCCUGGGACCGUGUAUCUGCCAGGCUGCUGGACUGGCAUAUCCAUCUGGACAAGUCUCUGCCUGGUCCUCUUGGAGUGAUUGGAGCCUGGCUUCACAGGGCAGAGAUGGCUCUGAGAGAAGACAUACCCAUCCAACAUGCUCAUGACGAGACAGCCAAUGUUCUUCACAGAAAACUAGAACAGCAUAAGGAAGUAUUAAAAAACUUGGAAUCGCACAGGCAAACCUUCCACCAGAUCCACAAGGACAGAUCAGUGAAUGGGGUGCCUGUCCCACCUGAACAGCUGCAAGACAUGGCCGAACGGUUUAAUUUUGUGUCUACAUCAUCAUAUGCUCACUUGAUUAAACUGGAAUUCUGGGAGAUAAAGUAUCGGCUGAUGGCAUUUCUUGUGUUGGCUGAAUCAAAGCUCAAGUCCUGGAUCAUUAAGUAUGGCCGGCGGGACUCAGUUGAGCUCCUCUUACAAAGCUACCUUACUUUCAUUGAAGGCCACAAGUUCUUUGAGCAGUAUGAGAUAAUCUUCACAGCCCUCCAGCAAGCUGCAGAGGUUUAUGUAAAGUCUGAUAGUUCAAGGUCUAAGACCUGUAACAGAGUCGAUGAAGCGGAAGGGGUAAGUAAAUUCCUCAGUGAUGCCACGGCUCAGUGGAAGAAUCUGGCUCUGGAGGUGCGGAGUGUUCGCAGCAUGCUGGAGGAGGUGAUCUCCAACUGGGAAAAGUACAGUAGCACAGUGGCAGGUUUGCAGGCCUGGCUGGAGGACGCUGAGCAGAUGCUCAACCAGUCAGAAAAUGCCAAACGUGAUUUCUUCAGAAACCUCUCUCACUGGAUCCAGCAGCACAUGGACAUGAACGAUGCUGGGAACUUCCUCAUUGAGACUUGUGAUGAAACAGUCUCACGAGAUCUGAAGCAGCAGCUGCUUCUACUGAACGGGAGAUGGAGGGAGCUGUUCGUCAAAGUCAAACAUUAUGCAAGAGCAGAUGAGGUGGAUAAGUUGAGGCAAGACUACCAAGAUGGUAUUAAUACCUUAAAGAUGUUCAUGGAUGCAACCAAUGAAAAGAUGACUGCUCCUGUCCAAGUGUCUUUCCUGAACGUCAGAGCCUUUGUUCAAGAUGUUGAGGAGGUCAAGCACAAAGUGCCAGCUAUGGAAGCAGCCUGUAAGGCAGCGAGUCGGACGGCUCAGCUGUUGACCAAAGACACGCCGCAGGAAGAGGUCUCACAGAUGAUGGCUGUGAUGGCCUCAAUCAAAGAACAGCUGAGCAAGGUGAGAGAGAGAAGUUUGCCUCUGCUGAGGGAAUCUCAAUCUCUAUUACCUCCACUGGAAGAAAUGGAGAAGAACAUUACAGGCUUUUACCAGGCUCUGGAGAAGGCCAGUCAUAUCACCAGCACCACAGACUCUGAGGGACCAGUAGACUUUAAACAGAGAUGCCAGGAGCUGGCGACCUUCACACACAGCUGUAAGAAGUGUCUGACAGUGAUAGAGAGAAACCACCAGACUAUCCAGAAAAUAAUGAACAGCAGUAAAACCCUGCAGCACAUGGACAUGAGUCUUCUGCAGAAAAGAGUCGGAGACCUGCAGGCGUCCUCACAGACAAUGAUUAAAGAAUCUACUGAGUGGCGGAAGCACGUGGAGGCGAACAGCAGCCUCAUGAAGAGGUUUGAUGAGUCACGGGUGGAGCUGGAGAAGGUUCUUAAAAUGGCACAGCACUGUCUGACAGAGAGAGGCAACCCAGAGGAGCUGCUCAAGAAACACACAGAAUUCUUUGGUCAGCUGGACCAGCGAGUUUUGAAUACAUUCCUCAAGGCUUGUGAUGAGCUGACAGACAUUUUGCCGGAGCAGGAGCAGCAGUCGCUGCAGGAAACAGUCAGGAAGCUGCACAAACACUGGAAGGAUAUCCAGACAGACGCCCCUUUUCACCUCUUGCACCUGAAAGUGGAGUUGGAGAGGAGCAAGCUGAUGUUGUCGCUGCAGGAGUGCCAGGCAGAGGUGACCAGGGAGAACCGCCACCUGGCUAGCAUGGGGAGCGAGAGGCUCAUCAAGGAGCACAGGGCCUUCUUUAGGGAAAAGGGCCCUCAGUCCAUCUGUGAGAAAAGGCUGCAGCUGAUGGAGGAACUUUGUCAAAAACUCCCUGAGGGUGACCCUGCUCACCAGACCCUGGAAGUAGCAAGAAAGGACUUCUCUGAGGUCCAAGAGGAAAUUGAGAACACCCAUCAGAAGAUAUUACAGCACCCGGAUAAAUGGAAGGAGUACAACACAAGGUACGCUGAAUUCUCCUGCUGGCUCAUAUCUAAAGAAAGCCAACUGAGGCUGCUGAGAAACCGAGCCAACGAUCCCAGAAAAUACAGCCAGGUGAAGGCUACCAUCAUGGAGCUCAGGAAUGAUGCAGAGCUACAGGAGGGGAAUCUUGGCUGGCUGAAGGCCCGCAUGGCCGGAAUGAUUGAAAUCUGCGCUGACAGCGAUGCCCAGAGGCAAGGAAGUGCACUGAGCAAGCUCUCUACUGAUUUUAAGGGUCUUCUUGCUUCGCUCUUAGAGGCUGAGAAGAUGGUGCUGGCUGUGGGGGACUGUGUGCAGUUCAGGGAAGAAGUACAAACGACUCUGGAUGAUCUUGUUCACGGGCAGAAAGAGGCGCAAGCUGAGGUCACCAAAAUACUGGACUGUCCAACUGUCAGAGAAGCUCAACAGCUGCUACUUGUUCACCAGCAACUGCUGAAACGCCUGAAGCUUAAGAGGAAGGACGUCCAGCAGCUGAUCACCAGAGGUCAGCAGCUCCAGGCCGAGGAAGGUCUGGGAGAAACUCUGCAGCAGGACCUGCAGAGUCUGGAGAACACACUCAGCAAAAUGGAGCAGAAUAUGGAUUCACAGGAGCAGAGCCUUGAGGUCACACUGGCAGCCUGGCAGGAGUUUGACAGCCAGCAGGAAGCAGUGCAUGAGUUUGUCAACAAGGCCCGCUCCACAAUGGAGAGAGACCUGAACUUCAGCAGUCCAGAGAGCCUGGCUGUUGAGCUUGACCAGGCUAGAGUGUUGUUGAAGCAGUGUGAAGCAGAGGCCUCACAUAUGAACACGUUGCUGAAGAGAGCGACAGAAAUUCAGCUCGGUCCCAAAAACAAGACUCUGCUUUUACAGCAAGCUCGUUCCCUCAGUGAGCAAGUGGACACAGUGGAGGCUGGGCUCAAAAAAGAUGUCAAGACUCUGGAGGAAAUGAAAACUCAGUGGGACCAGUUCGGAGCCGGUUUUGAAACCUUUUCCUUGUGGAUAUCUGAGAAGGAAAAGCAGCUGGAUGUACUGAAAUCUUCUACCUUGAAUCUUGAGCAACAGAUCAACACAGUAAAGACUGUUGGUACAGAGCUUCAAGGGCGAGCCGAGGUCCUUUCUCAGCUGGAGGCAGAUUCCCAGGCGCUGGCCCAGUUUGUGUCUUCGGGGGAGGCAGCUCGCAUUAAGGCUCGUCUGACCCAAAUCGGCAGGUACUGGGAGGAGCUGAGGGAGAGUGUACAGCAGCUUGAUGGACAGCUGGAGGAAAGCUCCUCUCACCAGCAGAAGUUUAAAACAAGCCUCGAGACAGUGCAAGCAUCUCUCGACGAGCUACAUAUGAAACUGGAACAUCCUAUUAAAUCCUGCACCUCCUCAUCAGAGACCUACAAAGCUCUUCAGAACCACAUGGACGUCUGUCAGGGUCUUGAAAGGCUGAAGGGAACCUUACUGUCUCUGUCAGCUGGUGCUCGCAGACUCAGUGACAAAGAGCAAGCCGAGAGGACUGUGACAGAGCUGAACUCCAGCUAUGACCAAAACAUACAGGAGGCAAAGGACAAGCAGAGCACUUUGGAGAACCUGCUUUCUCUUUGGCAAAAGUAUGAGAAACAGCGUUCAAACUUUGUUUCCUGCCUGGAGAGGAGUGAAUCUGCAUCCAAACUGGAGAGUCAGUGUCUGUCAGCUGAUAAAGCCAAACUCCGCACAGAGCUACAAGAUUUGCAGGCCUUGCACUCUGAAGUCCAGUACCUGGAGCCGGCUCAUGCUGAACUAGUAUCUCUGGGGAACUCAUUGUAUGUGACUGCACCUGAAGAGAGAGUGAGGCAGCUGAAAGACGAGCUGGAGACUCUGCAGAAGAGAUUGCACGUUCAAAAUGAAAGCCUGCCUCAAAGAAUCAAAGAUUUUCAGAACCACCUCUCCCUGGUGGAGCAGUUUGACCAGGCCCUGCUUAAAUUCUCCCAAUGGAGUGAAGCCAUGCUCUCAAAUGUGCACUCAGCUUCUCAAGUCAACAUUAGCAAGCUGCAGUCUGCCGCCGCACAAGUAAAGGAGACCCAGGCGGCCCUGCAGAAGCAGUCCAGUGUGAGACAGAGCUUGGAGCAGCAGGCCGAGAAGCUCUGUCAGUUCUGUGAGCCUGGUGAUGCACAGCUCCUCCGCAGCAGAGCAGACAGCUGUUUGCAGCCCUACAUAGAGGCCCAGCACAUAGCGGAGCUCCAGUUAGAGUGUCUGGAAAGGCUUGAGGCUUUUCUGCAGACCCACAGUGUGGCUGCAGGGGUGUUGCGGGGUCUGAGACAGACUGUGGAGAGUGCAGGGAGCUGGGAUCGCGGAAGAGUAGAGGAGCUGCAGCAGGAACUGGCCACUAUUGUCCCAGACAUUACCCAUCUUGAGACCCUGGCCGUCAAUCUGGACAGUAGUCUCUGCAAAAGCCAUCUCCACAUCGGUGCUGAAGAGGGGUCUCGUAAGUCAUGUCGUAUGCUGGCUGAUUCACUCAGUGCUGAGCUGGAUACAGUGAGGAACCUACUUGGUACUAAGCAGAGUGAAGCAGAGGCCCUAGGGGCUCUGUGGACCUCAUUUAGACAGCGGAAAGAACAGCUGCUCAAAGCUGUGGAGGACAUUGAAGAAAAAGCAGAUCACCAGAGCUUCAAAGAGCCGAGCCUGCAUGCUCUGCAACAGAGGCUGAGGUUCUUUAAUCAGCUGGAGGAUGAACUACAGUCUCACCAGCAUGAGGAGCAGUGGCUGAGGGACAAGGGCAACCAGCUGGCCCAGAGAGAUGCGGAGCUGGCCGGGGAGGUGCUGAGGGAAAUCAGUCUGCUGGAGACCACGUGGGAGGACACCAAGAAGCUCAUCACAGAGAGACAGGAGCAGUGCAAUGUUCUUGUUGAGCUCAUGAGAGAAUACCAAAUCCUGAAAACCUCCAUCAGCAGCGUAAUUGAGAGCACUGAGCCUCUGGUUGACAUAAGCUCUGUUCUGAAAGACCACGAGGAAACCAAGAGGUCACUAACCAAGCAUGAGGCGGUGAAGACAGAGAUGACGGUCAAGCAACAUGACCUGGACCAGUUUUCCUGCAAAGGAAAACAGCUUGUGAUUGAACUGAAGAAGAUCCCCGACUGUGACUCUGAAAUGAUGAAGAAGGAUAUGGAGACACUAGUGGAUCAGUGGCUGGACGUGUCUGAGAAAAUAGAUGACAACAUUGAUCGCCUGAACCAGAGUGUAGCUCUGUGGGAUGAUGUGCGUAAGAUCAGCGAGGACAUUGAGAGCUGGACAAGCAGCUGUGUGAUUGAACUAAAUGAAAGCCUCAACAACCUCAACAACAGUCAGAAGGUGUCGGAAAGGCUCUCUACGUUACAGGCAGAAAUGGGUGAGAAGGAACAGAAACUUGAAGCCCUGCAGAGCAGAGUCUCAGAGCUGAAGAAGUGUAGUCAAAGUCAAGAGACUCCUGCUAAAUUACAGGUGCUGGAGAAUGACCUGCGGAAGAAGAUCAGCACUGUUCAGAAGCUCCAUGAGCAGGCCAGGGGAAACCUCAUGGACUUCAGUUUCCAAAGGAAACAGCUGGAGGAUUACAUCUCACAGAUGUCUGCAUGGCUGAAAAGUAUGGAGGAUUCCUUGGUUUCUUCUCCCACUGGAUCAGAUCCUGAGGACAUCUGCAGAGUGAAGGACCUUCAGAAGGAGCUGCAAAAUCAGCAGGGAAGCAUUGACUCUACCAGGGAGAGCCUCAACACCCUGUGUAGAAAAUAUCCCUCUGAAGAGCUGGCUGGUCUGGGUUCAGCACUCACUGAUCUCAUCAAGACCUAUGAGUCUGCAAACCAGCUUUCUGCCAGGACACUCGCGUCACUGCAGAACUGUCUUCAGCAGCAGUUCAAUGACCUAGUUCAGGAGUUCCAUCGCUGGCUUUCCGAACAGAGGGAGAUAGUGAAAGAAUGCUCUGACCGAUCUGGAGACACUCAAAUUGUGGAACGCAAACUACAGAAACUAAAGGGCGCCAUGGAUCGUGUGGAGGAGGGUGAGGUCCGUCUCACACAGGUCUGUGAAGAAGGAGAGAAGCUCCUACUCCAUCUUCCCAAAGCCAGUGCCGGGCAGGUCCAGCAGCACCUUUCCUCCAUCCAGCAGGACUGGGACAGCUUUGUUGAGCAGUGCAGACAGAACCAACAGAUCCUGGAGGACAGCGCAUCCCUCAUGAAAGGGUUCGAGGGUCGCCUCAAGAAGCUCAGGUGGUGGUUGGAACAUAUGGAAAAGAGGAUGACCACGGAUCUGUUGGAAGCCAGUCAGCGUGGUCCUGAAAAGGCUGUGCUUGAGCAAGUGGAGGAAUAUCAGCAGGAAGUGCUCAAAGAAAGGGACUCAUUUGAGCGUUUAUGCCAGGAGGGCCAGGCGCUAAAUGAAGGUGGGCGAGGCGACGGUAGUGAGACGAGGGUGUCAGCUCAGCUGCAGUCACAGCACCAGGCCUUGCUGAGGCGUGUGAGAGAACGGCUGCGCAGCUGCCAGCUCACUUUACAGGAGCAACAGGCCUUUGAAGAGACACUGCAGACUACAUGGACCUGGCUUAACGGAGUCCAGGAGCGCCUGGCUUCACUCAACAGCACAGUUGGCAAUAAAGAGACUCUGGAGAAAAGGCUAGGUCUUGUACAGGAUAUCCUGCUAAUGAAAGGCGAAGGUGAAGUGAAGCUCAACAUGACAGUGGGAAAAGGAGAACAGGUCCUGAAGCACAACAGAAUGGAGGGGCAGGAGGCCAUUUGUUCACAGCUACAGAGCCUGAAGGAUGCCUGGGCCAAUAUGUUGAUGACUUCAAUGAGUUGCCACAGUCGUCUGGAGUGGACCGUGGCCCAGUGGACCAGCUUUCAGGAGAAUAAGAGUCAGCUGCAGCAGUGGAUGGAGUCAGUGGAGCAGGAGGUUGGGAUGACUCUGCCUCAGCAGCCUGGCCUCAAAGAGAAAUCAGCUUUGCUUGAGCGACUCAGAGCCAUCCUGGCCGACGUGGACGCUCACGCAGGAGCACUGUCACGCCUAACAGACAAAGCCGUGGAGAUGCAUGAAAAAACUGGCGACCAGACCUUUGGACCAGAGUCGAGGGCAGAGCUCAAUGCACAUUUUGCUGAUAUCUCAGCUGUUGUCAAGGGUAAAGUGCAGUCCAUGCAAAACAUUGUGUCUGAGCAUGAGCAGUAUCUUGAUGCUGUGAGAGACUUCAACGACUGGCUGAUCUCAGCAAAAGAGGAACUCCAGCGCUGGUCGGACCUGUCAGGAAACUCACUCUCUAUUAAAAGAAAACUCUCCAAAGUGCAGGAGUUGCUUGACUCUAAGCAGCGAGGCAGAGAGAGGCUGAAUCGGGUUCAAAGAUGUGGGGCAGUGGCGAGAGAUCACACUGGCUCGGGGGGCUAUGAGGCUAUGGAGCGAGAGGAAGCAGCCUUAUUGUCAUCAUGGGAACAGUGGGAACGUGGAGCACUACAGACACGGGCCAGUCUGGAGACAGCCCUCUCCCAGAUAGCCAGCUCUGAACAAGAGUUCAGCAGCUUGUCAGCACAGCUGGAGCACGACCUGCAGGAUUUCAACCGUAAGCUACACAACUGGCGUCUGCGUUUGGCCCAUGCAGAUGACAAAAAGGAUGGAGAGGAGGCUGUUAAGCGGUGGCAGAUAGCAAAGGACACGUUAGAGGAACUUGUCAAAGCUGAGCCCAUGUCUGAUAGUCUAAAGACGCAACUCAACGAUCUGUGCCGGUUCUCCAGAGACAUGGGCACACAGUCUGAGAGAGUGUCUGCUCUUAUUAAAGAAUACAACAGUCUGAGUCUCCAAGCGUCCAGGGAGUGCCAGAGCAAAGAGAAGCUGCUGGAACAAGGUUUCCGCUCAUCCUUCAGAGAGUUCCAGCAGUGGUUGGUCAAUGCCAAAAUCAACACAGCCAAGUGUUUUGAUGUCCCUCAAAAUCUCAAUGAGGCCUCAUCUAGCUUGCAGAAGAUUCAGGAGUUUCUAAGUGACAGAGACCAAGGUCAGUCAAAGCUGAAUGCUGUGGUUGCAAACGGUGAGCUCAUCUCCAGUAUCGUAGGUAAAGACAAAGUCGAUGCAGUUCGGGCAAAAAUGAACACUGCCAGAGAGGACUGGAAAAAUAUGAUGUCUAACCUGCACAACAGAGAAGCAAGUCUACAAAACGUUUUGUCUCAGAUGAAGGAUUUUGAGGCAAGUGCCGAGCCCCUCCAGGAGUGUCUGAAUGUGACCGAGCUGGCUGUACAGGAGAGCAGCACGAGGCUUCAUGAUCUCACAGCCAAGAAGUUGGAGCUUCACAAGCUACAGUCUGUGCUUGAGGAAUUAGCCUCUCACGAGGUUCAGCUGAACAGGCUGAAAGAGAAGGCCCAGCUGCUGUGGGAUGAACACGCGGCCGGCAAGGGUUUUGUGCACCGUGUCUCGCAACUCUCUGCUCAGUACCUAGCUUUAACCAACCUGACCAAGGAGAAGGCAUCUCGGAUCGAUCGAAUAGUCACCGAGCACCAGCUUUUCUCCCAAGGGUUAAAGGAGCUUCAGAACUGGGUGGCCGAUACGAGCCACAUGCUGCAGACUUACUGCACCCCCACUGCCGACAAAAACGUUCUUGAUAGCAGGAUGAUCAAGCUGGAGGCCUUGCUGACCGCUCGCCAGGAGAAGGAGAUCCAGCUGAAGAUGCUGAUCACAAGAGGAGAGUCAGUUCAGAGAAACACCUCAGCUGAGGGAGUGCCUGCAGUCCAGAAACAAAUACAGGAGCUAAAAGAUUCCUGGGAUGCUCUACUCUCUGCUUCUAUUCAGUGCAAAAGUCAGCUGGAGGGUUCCCUGUCUCAGUGGACCAGCUAUCAGGAGGAUGUACGACAGUUUGUGGCGUGGGUUGAGCGUGUGGAGGAGAGUCUUGACCCCACGGACAAACAGUGCCCAGAGAUGAGAGACAAAACUGCAAAUCUGAGCAAAGCCAAGUUGCUGUAUGAAGAAGUGCUGAGCCACAACACCCUGCUGGACACCAUCACUGCAAAGAGUGCCAGUAUUGCUGAGAACUAUGUUGCUCAGCUGGAGCUCCAAGAUCUGCAAGAGUGCUAUAACACCAUCAAAGACAAUGCCAUGAGGGCAGUAGGCAAAGCAGAGGAACUAGUAAAAGCCCACCAGGAGUAUCAGCGGGGUCUCCAUGCGUUUGAGGACUGGCUGGAACAGGAACAAGAGAAGCUCGCCUGCUACACCCAGCUGGAGGGCGAUGUUGAUAUGCUGGAGGAGACUCUCCAAAAGCUGCAGGAACUACAGCUGCGCUGCACGGAGGGCCAGGCUUUGUUAAACACUCUGCUGUGCAGUCGAGAACUGGUCGUUCCCUGGGGACUGCCUCAGAUAGAGGAUAGAGCGCUGGAGACCCUGCAGCAGGAGUGGAGGUUGUACCAGGCCCGGCUGGCCGACACACGGGCUCAGCUCAACAGUGCUCUGGCCAAACUGCGACAGAUGGAGCAGAAGUUCCAGCGUCUCGACAGCUGGUUAAAGGGCAUGGAGACCAAAGCACAACUGCGUAGCCAUCGGCGGUCUGACCGCGCCACUAAAGAUGCUCAACUCCAGCUAAUAAAGAGCUGGCAGGAGGAAGUGCUGGUUUAUCAAGAGGAGAUGGAGGGCCUCAGUCUUGGCCAGCAGGUUCUGGAUGAAACCCAUAUUAGCAGUCGGAUCAGUACCAGAGCCACUCAGAUCACAGCCCGCUACCACGCUCUGCUUCUGCAUUUACUGGAGACGAUCAAACAGCUGCAGGAGGAGGUGUCCUGCAUUGAAGAGGCUCAGUGUGUCUUCAGAACCUUCUCAGACUGGCUCAGCAAAGCGCAGAAUAACUUCAGCACUGUGGCUAUAAGUAUCGAUGUAGUGGACCGAUUUGCCAUGGAGAGAAAGAUGAAGAAACUAGAGGCUCUUCAGGGUGACAUGGAGCAGGGUCACACUUACCUGAAGGCAAUGAGGGAGAAGACUCAGCGAGCCAUGGCGUUCUUGGAGGAACCCGAGGCAGAUCAGCUAAAGGAGGAGGUGGAGACCCGUCUCUUCCAACUGGAGGAGUUGAUGGUGGCUCUGCGCACAGAGCACAGCUCCCUCGAGAAAUGUAUCUCACUCUCCAAAGACUUUAUGGAUAAAUACAAGGCCCAGAACCAGUGGGUGACGGAGACCAAGAACCUUUUAGCAUCAAGUGUAGAGCCUAAAGCUGAACUCUACCAGAAGAAGGCUCAGCUAGCAAAGUACAAGACCAUCCAGCAGACAGUGCAAUCGCAUGAGUCAGCAGUGAAAUCUGUCAUUGAGAAAGGAGAGGCCCUGCUCGACACAGUCCACGACCCUACAAUAAGUGACAACAUGAAAAACCUGCAGGCUGACUACCAAGACCUCUGCUUGGCCGCUAAGACACAGGUCCAGAAUCUUGUGGAGUGGGUGAAGGAGCACGAGGAUUACAACAGUGAGUUGCAAGAGGUGGAGAAGUGGCUGUUGCAGAUGUCCAGUAGACUGGUCACCUCUGACUCCAUGCAGACCAGCAGUAUGGAGAUGGCCACUCAGCAACUUGCCCGACACAAGGCAAUAAUGGAGGAGAUAGCCAGUUUUGAGGAGCGUCUCAGCAGCUUGCAGCAGAAAGGAGAAGGUCUUGUUGCCAGCUGUACAGAUCAAGUUCAAGCUAAGAUCAGUCAACAAGUCCAGGCUCAUCAGCAGGGAACCAGAGACAGCUACUCCGCCAUUUGCAGCACUGCUCAACGUGUGUACCAGAGUCUAGACCGGGAGCUGCAGAAACACGUUAGCCAUCAGGACACUCUCCAGCAGAGUCAGACCUGGCUCUCCACAGUGCAGGAGGAGCUCCAGCUCAAUGAUCAGGGACCAUCUGGACUGCAGGAGGCACUCAAGCAGGUGAAGCACUACAGGGCCCUUCAGGAGCAGGCCAGUACUUACCUGGACUUGGUGUGUUCUGUGUGUGACCUGUCUGAUGAUGCUGUGAGAGUGACAGCUGCCAAGGUCCAGCAGGUCAAACUCACGAUUGAGGAAAGGAUGUCCAGUGCUCAGGAGCUUUCAGAGGGCUGGAGGGAGAUCAAGGAACAGAAACAAGAUCUAACCAGCCUGUUCCAGGACAUGGAGCAGCAGCUCCUCAGUCUCUCCAGAAGGCCUGCAGAGCUGGAGACCAAGAUAGCUCAAAACAUGCUGUCACAAGCCAAGGAAUGCAGCCAGCAACUGCAAUCUAAACAGAGUAUCCUGACCAAGAUGACCGAGACUGUGAGCAGAUUGACUGGUGGCCAGGACUCCCCAGAACAUGCAGAGCUUGACCGCCUGAGCCAUUCCUGGCUCGACCUCUGCCAUCAGGCCAACAAGCUGCAGGGUCAGAGGGAGGAGGACCUGCAGAGGGCUAAAGAAUACCAUGACUGUAUCUCUGCAGUGGAGGCACUGUUCGAACAGGUGUCCAAAGAGUGGGACAAUCUGGCCAGAACGGAUGCUGAAAGUUCAUCUCAGCACUUGGAGGCUUUACGGAAACUUGCAGUAACCCUGGAAGAACAAAAAGGCACUCUUGAGGACCUUAAAGAUCAGAAACAGAAAGUCAUCCAACAUUUGAACCUGGAUGACAAGGAGCUGGUAAAAGAGCAAAUCAGCCACUUUGAGCAGAGAUGGUCUCAAAUGCAAAACCUAAUUGAGAGGAAAAUCCAGGACUCAGUGGUGACGCUAGAAGAUAUGAGCCAAGUAGAGGCCCGUCUGAGAGAGGCUCGGGACUGGGCAGAGGAGCAGCAGCCCGCCCUGUCCGAGGCCAUGAAAAUGAGUCCACCCCCUGAGCUGGCUCAGAGCUUCCUGUUUGACCACCUGAGCAUUUGCAGUGAGUUGGAGGCCAAGCAGCUGUUGCUGGCCCAGGCCAUGGCCGAUGCUGACAGGGUGCUGGCCCGGCUGGGCCUCAGUGAACGGCAGCGUUUGCAGCAGCUGAUUUCUGCCACCCAAUCUGAAGUGGAAUCUCUGAGCGUGAAAGUGGUGCAGCGCAGAAAACACCUCAGCAAGGCUUUCACAGAGAGGACGCAGUUCCUGAUGGCUGUGAACCAGUCAAUUUCCUGGGUCCAGCAGAAUGAGAAGAAGGCCCAGGCAGAGGAGUACAUUGCCUUGUUACCUGAUGACCUGGCCAAGCAGGUCAGAACAUGCAGGAACAUCCAAAGCAGUCUCAAAGCCUAUCAGAGUGAGCUGACCUCCUUGUGGUCUCAGGGGAGGGAUCUGAUGAGAGAUGCCAGCGAGGAAGAAAGGAAUGAGAUUCUCACAAAGUUACAGGAGUUACAAAACAUCUUUGACAAAACGUUACAUAGAUGUGGCCAGAAACUGCAGGAGCUUGAAAAGGUAUUAGUUUCCAGAAAGUAUUUCAAGACCGAUCUAGAGAAAAUAUGCCAAUGGUUGAAACAAGCUGAUAUAGUCACCUUUCCUGAAAUCAAUCUCAUGGUUGGAGACGCUGAAUUGGAAGCACAACUACUGAAGUAUCAACUGAUAGUUGAGCAGGCAAUUGAAUAUGAGAACCUCCUCCUAAUUGUACAAAGAGCUGGCCAGGAAAUAUUGCCCACUCUGAAUGAAGUCGACCACUGCUAUUUAGAUGAAAAACUCAACACCCUCCCCCACCAAUAUAACAGCAUAUUAGCACUAGCCAAAGAGAAACAGGAGAAAAUCCAGCAGGCUAUUCUUACAAGGAACGAGUACACCUCUUUCAUAGAUGUCACUCAUAAAGCACUUAAAGAGCUCGAAGAACAGUUCAACAAUCUUGGCACACAACCUGUAGGGCUGCAGACAGAAGAAGUUGUCAGUUUGCAGAGUGAUUACAAAGCCAUUCAGGCAGAUCUGAGCAACCUUGGUCUAGCUGUGAGUGAACUGAACCAGAAGAAAGAGGGAUUUCGGAGCACUGGUCAGCCUUGGCGCACAGAGGAAAUGACCCAGCUUGUGAGCCUGUACAACGGCCUGAAGAGGUUGGUUGAACAGAAAGUAGAGCAUCUGGAUGAAACCUUGGAGACAUUUGAGGACCGCAAGGCGAUGGCCAUGCAGGUCGACUCUCAGUUAAAGGCAACAAAAGAGCAGCUGGUUAAAGUCAACGCAGAGACCCAGUCGGCUGAGGAGAGGCUGAAGAACUACCAUGCUCUAGCAGGGAGUCUCCAGAGUGCCAACUCUCACUUGUCAAGGCUCAUGGAGCAGAUGGACACUCUUGCCCCCCGUGUGGACCAUGCGGCCCAUGACGCCUCUAAAGACCAAGUGGUUCUGUGGCAAGAGGAGCUACGGUCUUUGCAGGCUGCAGUAGGGGAGCUGAUAGAAGAGUGUGAGAACAGGUUUGUUCAAAGCAAAGACUUUGAGACAGAGAUGAAGAGGACUCUGGACUGGCUGCAGCAGGUCAGGGAUGAACUGGGCUGUGCUGUGAUCGUGGACGUGAGGGUGGAGAAGGUGCAGGAGGAGAUCAGGAAGCAGCAAAUCAUGCAGGAGGAAGUGCAGUCCAGGCUGAGAAUUGUGGCCGCUCUCAGUAGCAGGGAGAAACAGGAGUAUAACAGUGCCAAUGAGCUUGUCCCGGCCCAUGUAGAUACAAACCUGGAAGAAAUGGCAAAGCUUCAGGCCGAUGUCCAAAAAGCACUGAGCUCAAAACAGAUUACUCUGGAGGAAGCUCUGGGGUUGUGUCAGAAGUACCACUUCAGGAUGCAAUCGGCCUGUGAAUGGCUGGAGGACGCCGUGUCCUUCCUGCAGCAAGCUAGCCUUGGUGUGGAUGUGGAGAACUACGAGGAGUGUCUCCGGCAGCAAGGGGACAUCGUGGCCACGGAGCAGGAGUUCCUGAGCCACCUGGAGGAGCUGCAUGGCCUGUUGCCCCAGCUGGAGAACCUGGUCAACCCCACAGCUAAAGAGCAGCUCCGUUUGAGCGUGGAGUCGGCAAAGCAGAGAGGCGUGGAGGUCCGAGAUCAGCUCCAGUGUCACCAGGAUGUCCUUCAUAGCUGUGUGGCUCAGUGGAAGUCAUAUCAGGAGGCGAGGCAGACUGUCAUUGAGAUUAUGAAUGAAGCUGAAAAGAAGCUGACAGAAUUUUCCACUGCAAAGGCAGCCACAAGCCAAGAGGCUGAAGAUAAGCUGUGCAGUCAUCGGUCGCUUGUAUCACUGGUGAAUGGCUUCCAAGAGAAGCUGAGUGGUUUAGAGGAGCAAGCCGCUCAGCUGGAGCUGGUGGGGAGUGAUGCCAGCAAGGCCACCAUCAGUCGCUCAAUGACCACUGUGUGGCAGCGCUGGACUCGACUACGCAGUGUGGCACGGGGACAGGAGAGAGUACUCGAGGACACAGCACAGGAAUGGAGGACUUUUAGGGAGAAGAUGGUGAAGGUGAGAGCAGUGUCUGAUGAGCUCCAGAGUCGUUUCCCUGACAGUGCCGUGGAGAAAGCCUCCAAAGCCACCCUGCAGUCGCUGCUAGACCAGCAUGACUUGCUGAGCCAAGACUUAGAGAGAGAGCUCUCCUCUCUUACACUGCUCCGCCAGUACGCCCUCAGCCUAUUGCACGAUGUGGAAGUGCCUUCACCCACAAAUGACCAGGAUGAGCUGCCCAGCCUCAAGGAGAUCAGAGCUGUGCAAGACCAAAUGGAAAGCCUUCUGACACAGUCCAGGACUAAGCGGGCUCAAACAGCUCAGGAACUGAGGGAAAGAGAGGAAGUGGAAAAGGAACUCAGUGUUGCGAAGGCCUGGAUCCAGGAGACCAGGGAGCUUCUUCUCAAUCCCACACCAGACAUCGAUUCUCUACUGCAGGAGCUUGAGAUUGUGCAUGGAGAAGUGAUCACCUAUCGUCAGAAUGUGGAUAAAUUAGCAGAGCAGCAACAGAGCAAGUACCUGGACCUCUACACUAUAUUGCCCUCUGAAAUCUCCAUGCAACUAGCUGAGGUCUCACUCGCAUUGGGUGCCAUUGAGGAUCAGGUUCUUUCCAAAGAGAGAGAAAUUCAGAAAACCAGAGAAAUAAAAGAGGACUUCAGCUCCAGGAUCCAUGAAAUCUCUGAGAAACUUAAAGCUAUUGCUGCUAAAUUCAAGGAAAAAUCUCCAGAUGUUGAUCAUGCUAAAGAAGAGGUCAAGAGCCUGGCUGAAGACUUGGACUCCUGCGGUCGCACCCUCUGUGAGCUGGACGCUGCCAUACAAGAGUUUGGCCGCAGAAACCCCCUGCUGGCCAAACAGCUGAGUGACGCCAUCAGCAAGCUGUCAGAGAUGCAUCACCACACAACGCGGCUGGCAGACUGCAGGAACAACUGGCUCAAAAAGGCUGUCUGCUAUUUAGAUGAGUAUAAUGAGAUGCUGGACUUCAUUGUGAGGUGGUCGGAGAAAGCCAAAAGCCUGGUGAGGGCAAACAUCAUCUGGAACUCGUCUGUUCACCUGCAGGAGCAGAUACGGAUGUAUCAGGCUGUCCUGCGUGAGUCUCGGGAGCUCCACGGAGACCUGGAAUCAAUGGCGGAGAAAGUAGAGCUCCUGUCUGAGGUGCUGCAGGUUGAAUCUAUGAGCCAACAGGUUUGUGAACUCAGUCGACACACAGAGGAGCUUCAGCAAAGCAUCAAGAUGCGGCUGCAGAGCUUGGAGGAUGCAGAUAAGAGUAUGGAGGCGCUGGAGUAUGAAGUUAAGGCCCUACAUGUAGCUCUGGAGCAGGUGCAAGCCACACUGACCUCACCAGAGUUGGCACGCCAGAGCCUCAAAGAACAACUCGCUCAGAGACAGCGUUUGUUGUCAGAUAUGGAGAGCUUCAAGCAGCAGGUGCAGGCAGUCCAGAUGUGUCAGAGUGCUCUGCGGGUCCCAGAGGAGGUGAUGCCCAACCUUGCCAUUUGUCGCACAGCUCUGCGUCUGCAGCAAGAAGCCAGUCAGUUGCAGCACGUGGCCAUUCAGCAAUGCAACAUUCUUCAGGAGGCAGUGGUGCAGUAUGAGCAAUACGAGCAGGAAGUGAGAGACCUACAGGGGCUGAUUGAGGAAGCACACCGUGUCAUCCAGGACCGACCAAUCCCUGCCAGCAACAUCCAGGAGCUGCAGGCCCAGAUCCUUCACCAUGAAGAACUUGCCCAGAAGAUCAAAGGUUACCAAGAGCAGAUCGCCUCACUGAACUCAAAAUGCAAGAUGCUGGCGGUGAAGGCCAAGCAUGCCACCAUGCUACUGACAGUGACUGAUGUGGAGGGACUGCCUGAGGGGCUGCAGGACAUGGAUGGGGAGAAAUCAAAGAAAUCCUCAGCACAAGCCGUCAUGAUGACGGCUGGCCGCUGUCACACACUCCUGUCUCCUGUAACUGAGGAGUCUGGGGAGGAGGGCACUAACAGUGAGGUCUCUUCCCCUCCUGUCUGUCGCUCUCCCUCCCCCAUCACUCACACUGAGGCCACUGUAACCAAGAUGGGAAGAGGAACACUCACAAGAGCUCCAAUCCAAGAAUUAUAUGAUCCGACAUUUGAGUCUGUGGCCAACCUAGAUGACUUGCAGCGCUCAUGGGAGACGUUGAAAAAUGUGAUCAGCGAGAAGCAGAGGUCUCUAUAUGAAGCUCUGGAAAAACAACAGCAUUACCAGGGUUCACUCCAGUCAAUCUCUUCUAAAAUGGAGGCUCUGGAGGCCAAACUGAGCGAGCCUCUGGAGGCAGAUAAAAGCCCAGAUAGCCACAUAAAGGCCCAUGAGGGUCUGAUAGAUGAGAUUCAGAGUGUGCAAGAGGAAAUAGACAGGCUGCAGACAAGCUUCACAGAGGAUCUGGCCUCUGAUGCUGUGGACUCGGACAUGGCUGACCAGCUGGCCAUGCAGUCCUCCCUCGCUGUGUUGGCUGAGAGGAUGGCCACCAUCCACAUGAAGGCCUCAGGGAAGCAACAACUAUUGGAGGAGCGCGUUAGUGACCGACUGGAGGGUCAACGUCAGGAACAGGCCAUACAGUUCUAUCAGACCCAGGCAGAUGGACUGGACCAGUGGUUGAUCAGAAUGCGCAGUUCCGUUACCUCCAUCCUUGAACCUAAACCUCUGGAGGAGACAGACAUGGAGGAUCAGCUUGCUGAAUGUCAAAACAUGCUGCUGGAGAUUGAAGAGAAGGUGUUGGCCCUGUCAGAGCUGUCCAUGCACAGUGAGAACCUGCUGCUGGAGGGCCGGACAGAGACCAGAGAGGAAGCGGAGCAGUUGGCCAGGAAGUUACGCACUUUGAAGGGCGGCCUGUUGGAGCUGCAGAGGAUGCUACAAGACAAGCAGAGUAACAUCCAGGGCUCUCUGCAGGAGCAGGAGGACAGUGAGUCAGACUCCAGUCUCUCACAGAGUCCCAGUGUGCAGGACUGGCUGGCCCAGGCCCGGACCACACGAACCCAACAACACCAGGACAGUCUUCAAAGACAGAGGGAGCUGGAGGAGCAACUUGCAGAGCAGAAAAAGCUGCUUCAGUCAGUUGCUAGCAGAGGAGAGGAGAUUCUCAUCCAGCAGGCCUCGCCCAGCAGUGCCAGUACAACAGAGCCAUUUUCAGCAGCAGCUUUGGUUGAGAGGGAAACUCAGGCUGCACGAGAACAGAUGAGGCAGAGAUGGGAGAGCCUGAGAUUAGAGCUGAAAACAAAACUGCAGCUCCUACAGAAAACUCUGGAUCAGGACCACAAGCAGCUGGUUUAUUCCAGAGCCUCUCGUGUGACCACAGCUGGCUCAUUGUUCAAAGGAGAAACACAAGCGGACAAAUCCUCCCUGAAGACUCUGUACGACAGCUUCAGACAGACAAUAGAAGACAUGACCACUCAGCCCGGUGGCGGUGAGACACAGGUGGCGCAGAUGGAACAGCAGCUCUACACAGCUGUGUCAUCCACCUCCUCCUGGCUGGAUGGUGUGGAGAACAACGUCUUCUCUGGCUCAGUGCUGCUGGCUGAAAACGCAGAGACCCAGCUAGAAAAGCAAGAGUCUUUAGAAAACGAUGUGAUGCACGUGACGGAGGAGGUGAAGCUCAGCCAGGCUCUGCUAGCUGGGUCUUCAAGUUUGAGACAUGAAGACCGGGCGCUGCUGGAGGACAACCUUGAGUGCCUGAAAGAGAGAUUAGGAGCUCUGGGUUGUGGUCUGGCACAACGCUGUGACCACAUGAGGACCAGAGCACAUGAACUCACAGCCUACCAGACUGAGCUACAGCUUCUCCAAACUGCUUUAAUUGAGACCAAGUGCCAGAUCCUACAGGCCUUAGCUGGAGCCAUGGACAAACCAGCCUCAAAACAGUUGGAGGUCAUCGCCAGUGCAGAGGAGAGCCUGAAAGACUUUGAACAGAGAAUCACAGAGAUCAAAGCCAGAGGAGCAGCACUGCAAGCCGAUCAGAUAUCAACAAACAAAAUACUGAAACUCCAGGAUUCUUAUGAAGAGCUGGUGAUGACCGUGGGUUCCCGGCGCAGCGGCCUGAACCAGAACAUGGCUCUGAAGGAGCAGUAUGAGCGUGCGCUGCAGGACCUGACCGACCUGGUGGAUACAGCUAAGGACAAGAUGGCUGCUGAUCAGAGGAUCAUUGCCAGCUCUGUGGAGGAAGUCCAGAAUCACCUGGACAAACAUAAGGAGUUCUUCCAGGGUCUGGAGUCCCAUAUGAUUCUAACAGAAACAUACUUCAGGAAAAUCAGUGGCCUGAUGCUUCCCAAAGAGAGCCAAGCCCUGGAGGAGACGCUGGCUGAGGCUCAGAGCGUCCUCAAAGAGGCACACAGUAAAGGAGUCGAGCUCGAGUGUAUCCUGGAGACUUGGUGCCGCUUGGUGCAGGAUUACCAGAGUCUAAACCGACAGUUGGAGGCAGUUGAAGGAAACAUCCCCUCUGUUGGUCUGGUGGAGGAGACGGAAGAAAGGCUCAUGGACAGAAUCUCAUUGUAUCAGGGUCUGAAGGGGAAACUGACAGAGCACCAACACAAGCUCCACCAGGUGCUGGAUGAGGGCAAACACCUCUUGCUGUCAGUGUGUUGUCCUGCACUGGAGAAUCAACUCGCACUGCUGGGGGAACACUGGCUCAACAAUACUGACAAGGUCAACAAGGAACUGCAGCGCCUGGAGGCCAUCUUAAAACAUUGGACCAGGUAUCAGAGGGAGUGUGCAGAGCUUAGCGAGUGGCUGCAGUCUGCUCUGGAGCGCCUGGAGUUUUGGAACACGCAGGCGGUGUUAGUGCCACAGGAGCUGGAAAGUGUCCGAGACCACCUCUCUGCUUUCCUUGAGUUUUCAAAGGAAGUUGAGGGCAAGUCCAGCCUGAAGAGCUCAGUGGUUACCGAGGGCAACCAGCUGCUGCGACUGAAGAAAGUGGACACAGUGGUGCUGCGGUCUGACCUGGGACGCAUUGACACACAGUGGACUGAGCUGCUCACACGCAUCCCAGUGGUCCAGGAGAAGCUGCAUCAGAUCCAAAUGGAGAAGUUGGCCUCCCGUCAUGCCAUUUCUGAGCUGUUUAACUGGAUCUCCUUGAUGGAGAAUGUCAUUGAGGAAGAUGAAGAAAACCUCAAAAGUGCUGUGGGGUCAAAUGUGAUUCAAGACUACUUGCAAAAAUACAAGGGCUUCAGAGUAGAUUUAAGCUGCAAGCAGCUGACCGUGGACUUUGUCAACCAGUCAGUGUUGCAGAUCAGUGGUCAGGAUGUGGAGAGCAAGCGCAGUGAUAAGACAGACUUUGCUGAGCGCCUCGGAGCCAUGAACAGACGCUGGCAGAUCCUCCAAGGCCGCAUCAAUGAGCGGAUCCAGUUCCUGGAGAGCCUUUUGGAAAUGUGGCUGGAAUACGAGAGCAGCAUUCAGGCCCUGAAGUCCUGGAUGGCAACUCAAGAGGAAAAGCUAAAGAGGAAACACCGGAUAGAGGAUUUGACAUCGGUGCAGAAUGCUCUCAAAGACUGUCAGGAAAUGGAAGAGUUGGUGAAGGAAAAAGAGAAAGAACUAGAGAGGGUGGAGGAGCAGGGCUGUGCCCUUGUCCAGAACAAGACCGAUGAGGCCUGUGCUAUCGUCAUGGAGACACUCCAGUGUGUCAAUCACACCUGGGCUAACCUGGAUCACUUGAUAGGACAACUAAAGAUCAGCUUGAAGUCGGUGCUGGAUCAGUGGAGUCUUUACAAGCGUGCUUCAGAGGAGAUCAAUGGCUACCUGAUGGAGGGAAGGUACUCCGUGUCUCGUUUUCGCCUCCUCACAGGCUCCCUGGAGGCUGUUCAGCUGCAGGUGCAGAGUCUGCAGGAUUUGCAAGAGGAACUUGAGAAACAGGAGAGCAGCUUGAGAAAGUUUGGUGCUGUGACCCACCAACUGCUGAAGGAGUGUCACCCUUCAGUGUCAGACUCCCUAAACAAUGCCCUCAAGGAUGUCAAUGCAAGAUGGACCGGCUUACUCGAGGAGAUUGCGGAGCGUCUGAGAAGCAGCAAGGCUCUGCUUCAGCUGUGGCAGCGCUACAAGGAGCUUUAUGAGCAGAGCUGCAGCAGCAUCCAGCGGCAGGAGGAAAAGGCCGACCAGCUACUCAAGACCACCUGCAGCAAGGACAUCUCUGAUGAGGAAGUGUCUGACUGGAUCCAAGAAUACAGCGAGCUGCUCCGGUCCCAAGCUCCAGUGCAGGCCUCCUUGCAAGUUCUCCAAGAACUGGGAGAUCAGCUGAAACAGCAGGUGGACACUUCUGCAGCGUCUAACAUCCAGUCAGAUCACCUCUCUCUCACCCAGCGGCUGUCUGCUGUGGAACAGGCCCUUACCAGACAGCUCACCACCCUGCAGACUGGAGUUCAAGAUUAUGAAACCUUUAAUGAUCAAUUGGAUUCAUUGGGAUCCUGGUUAGUUGAAGCUGAGGAGGCUCUGAAAGUGCAAGAUCCCAACGGCUCCACCGACCUGACAGUUAUCCAGGAUCGCAUGGAGGAUCUCAAGAGGCUCAUGCUGAAAUUCAGCAGUAUGGCCCCUGAAUUAGAGCGUCUUAAUGAGCUCGGUUAUCGGCUCCCUCUCAACGAUACAGAGAUCAAACGCAUGCAGAACCUCAACAGGAGCUGGUCAGCAGCCUCAGCACAGACCACAGAGAGAUUCAGCAAACUUCAGUCCUUCCUGCUGCAGCAGCAGACCUUCCUGGAGAAGUGUGAAACAUGGAUGGAGUUCUUGGUCCAAACUGAAGAGAAUCUGGCUGUGGAAAUUUCUGGGAACUACCAGAGUUUGAUCGAGCAGCAAAAAGCCCAUGAGUUGUUCCAAGCUGAGAUGUUCAGUCGCCAACAGAUCCUCCACUCUAUCAUCAGUGAUGGACAGCGGAUGUUAGAGCAGGGUCAGGUAGAUGACAGAGAUGAGUUCAACCUGAAGUUGACUCUGCUGAGUAACCAGUGGCAGGGCGUUGUCCGCCGUGCUCAACAGAGGCGCGGCAUAAUUGAUGGUCUGAUCCGUCAGUGGCAGCGCUACAGAGAAAUGGUGGAGAAGCUACGCAAAUGGCUGGUGGAGGUGUCCCACCCUGCAGAGGCCCUUCAGGCGGGGACUACAGUGCCUCUGCAACAAGCCCGCUCCAUGCUGGACGCUGUCCAGCUGAAGGAAAAAGUGCUGCAGCGUCAACAGGGCAGCUACAUCCUGACAGUGGAGGCUGGCAGACAACUGCUCCUGUCGGCUGAUAGCCGGGCAGAGAUGGCCCUGCAGACAGAGCUUACUGAUAUCCAGGAGCGAUGGAAACAUGCCAGCAUCUGCCUGGACGAACAGAAGAAGGAGCUUGCCACCCUGUUAAAGGACUGGGAGAGGUGUGAAAGAGGUAUUGGUGGAUCACUGGAAAAGCUUCGAGCCUUCAAACGGCAGCUGUCCCAGCCUCUCCCUGAUCACCAUGAGGAUCUGCAAGCUGAGCAGAUGCGCUGCAAGGACCUGGAGAAUACAUUUGAUGGCUGGACAGGGGAUCUGGCUCACCUGACUGUACUGAGAGAGUCGCUGUCUUGUUACAUCAGCGCUGAGGACCUUUCUGUGCUGCAGGAGCGAAUUGAGCUUCUGCACCGACAGUGGGAUGAAAUCUGCCACCAGCUGUCCCUGCGCAGGCAGCAGGUGAGUGAGAAGCUGAAUGAGUGGACUGUAUUCAAUGAGAAGUACAAGGAGCUCUGCGAGUGGCUCACCAACAUGGAGAGCAAGGUCUCCCAAAAUGGUGACAUCAGUAUUGAGGAGAUGAUCGAGAAGCUUCGCAAGGACUACCAGGAAGAGAUCACUGUGGCUGAGGAGAACAAGUUACAGCUGAACCAGCUGGGAGAGCGUCUGGCCAGAGCCAGUCACCAGAACAAAGCUACUGAGAUUGAACAAAAACUCGGCAAAGUCAGCGACCGCUGGCAGCACCUCCUGGAUCUCAUUGGAGCCAGAGUGAAGAAGCUGAGAGAAACUCUGGUGGCCGUGCAGCAGCUGGAUAAGAAUAUGAGCAGCCUGCGCUCCUGGCUUGCCCACAUCGAGACUGAGCUGUCUAAGCCCAUCGCCUAUGACGCCUGUGACUUCCAGGAGAUUCAGAGGAAGCUCGAUCUGCAGCAGGAGCUUCAGCGUGACAUAGAGAAACACAGCACGGGAGUGGCGUCUGUGCUGAAUCUGUGCGAGGUGCUUCUGCACGACUGUGACGCCUGCGCCACGGAUGCAGAGUGCGACUCCAUCCAGCAGGCAACUCGUAGCCUUGAUCGCCGCUGGAGGAGCAUCUGUGCCUUGUCUAUGGAGAGGAGACUCAAGAUUGAGGAGACGUGGCGUUUAUGGCAGAAAUUCCUAGAUGACUUUGCACGAUUCGAGGAGUGGCUGGCCACUUCAGAAAAGACUGCUGCUCUGCCCAACUCUUCUGGUGUGCUGUACACUGUAGCCAAAGAGGAACUAAAGAAAUUUGAGGCCUUCCAGAGGCAAGUCCAUGAAAGCCUGACCCAGCUGGAGUUAAUCAACAAGCAAUAUCGCCGCCUGGCCAGAGAAAACCGCACUGACUCAUCCUGUCGUCUGAGGGAGAUGGCCCAUGAUGCCAAUCAGCGAUGGGACAACCUGCAGAAGAGGGUGGCAUCCAUCCUUCGUAGGCUUAAGCACUUUAUUAGUCAGAGGGAGGAGUUUGAGACAGCCAGAGAUGGCAUCUUGGUGUGGCUGACAGAGAUGGACCUGCAGCUGACAAACAUCGAACACUUCUCUGAGUGUGACAUUCAGGCCAAGAUCAAACAACUCAGGUCCUUCCAGCAGGAGAUUUCCCUGACAACAGCCAAGAUCGAACACAUCUUCCACAAGGGAGAGGCACUGAUAGAGAAGAGCGAGCCUCUGGAUGCUGCCGUCAUCGAGGAGGAGCUGGAAGAGCUACAACGCUACUGUCAGGAAGUGUUUGGUCGAGUGGAGCGGUACUACAAGAAACUCAUUCGUCUUCCUCUUGCAGAUGAUGAUACUGAAGUGUCAUUCUCGGACCGUGAGCUGGAGCUGGACGAGCCUUGUGAUUUGUCCAGCCUGCCAUGGAGUGAACGUUUGGGGGAUGGCUUCCUGUCACCUCUGCCCUCCUCCGGCCGCUCUGCCUCCCUGGCGGCCCAGCUCCGGACGGAGCGCUCGGGCAGGGACACCCCUGCCAGUGUGGACUCCAUCCCCCUGGAGUGGGACCACGACUAUGACCUCAGCCGAGGCCUGGAGAGCGCCAGCAGGGCCCUGAGAGAGCAGCAGAGUGAGGAGGGAGACUUCAUCCAGCGGCCUGCUUCCACCUUGUCAGAUGUAGUGAUCCCAGAGAGCCCUGAGGCCUAUGUUAAACUAACAGAACAAACACUGAGGUCCUCCACUGGGGAGGUUCCCUCUACAGACUCACAUGUUCACCCUCUGGACGUCAGCCGUUUCCACCUGCAGCAGACAGAUAGCAGCCGCAGCCGCACUCCCACAAGCACAGAGCUGGAUGCUUCAUACAUGGGAUACAUGCGGCUGCUGGGUGAGUGCCGUGGCAGCAUUGACACAGUGAAGAGGAUGGGCUUUGAGCUCAAGGAGGAAGAAGACACAGUGUCUGGACUGGCAGAUCCCAGUAGCUCAGAAUCCCAGACAUCAGGAGUGAUUGAACGCUGGGAGCUCCUGCAGGCUCAGGACCUCAGCAAAGAGAUGCGCACAAAGCAGAGCCAACAGCAGUGGCAGCAGCUGAACUCUGACCUGAACAAAGUUUGGACUUGGCUGGGAGAGACGGAGGAUGAGCUGGAGCAGCAGCGGAGGCUGGACCUCAGCACAGACAUCCAGACGAUUGAGCUGCGCAUCAAAAAGCUCAAGGAGCUGCAGAAGGCGUACGAGAAGCGCAAGGCUAUUGUGCUUUCCAUCAACCUGUGCAGUACUGAGUUUGUGCAGACAGACACAGAGGAGUCCCGAGAGCUACAGGCCAAACUGAAAGACAUGAACAACCACUGGGACAAACUGGGCAGCUCACUGGAGGAGUGGAGGUCUUCAUUACAGGAAGCCCUCAUGCAAUGUCAAGACUUCCAUGAGAUGAGCCACGGUUUGCUGCUCUGGUUGGAAAACAUCGACCGCAGGAGGAAUGAGGUGGUUCCCAUCGACCCCAUCCAGGACAGUGACACUCUCCAUGAGCAUCAUAAAACACUUACGCAAAUCCGCCAGGAGCUGCUGGACUCCCAGCUUAAAGUCGCCUCACUACAAGACAUGUCCCUCCAGUUGCUGGUCAACUCUCAGGGCAGCGACUGCCUGGAGGCUAAGGAGAAGGUUCAUGUUAUUGGGAACCGCCUUAAACUGCUGCUAAAAGAAGUAACCAGAGACCUCAGAGAGUUAGCCAAGAUUCUGGACAUCACAAGCAGCCAACAGGAUCUGUCUUCUUGGUCUUCUGCUGAUGAUCUGGACACAUCCGGAUCCCUCAGUCCUGUGUCAGGACGGAGCACGCCAAGUCGCCGACGAUCGCAACGGGGCAAAUGUAGUCUGUCACAGCCUGGACCCUCUGUGAGCAGUCCACACCACAGGCCACGCAGCGACGCUGGAUCCGCUUCCUUCCCUUCUGACCGGGAGACAUCAGCGGUUCGUAGGUCGUCAUUUCUGCGGCGCAUCCUCUGGGUCGCGUUGCCUUUCCAGCUCUUCCUGCUCCUGUUAGUGGUCCUUGCCUUCCUGCUGCCAUUGUCCGAGGAGGACUACUGCGCUCAGUCCAACAACUUUGCCCAUUCCUUCUACCCGAUGCUCAGCUACACGAACGGACCACCUCCAGUGUAGGCUGGCUGUCAGGGCGUUUUCAUCUCAGUGUUCUUGCAUCAGUAUGACCUGAACAGGACUCACAGGGAUAUCCUCUAAACGGUCGAUCACGUUGGGAGCAAAAAACUAAUCUUGGUCAUCCAUUUGUAUUGCAGAAAAACAGUUGUCAUCUACAGUUAAUAUCUUUGUGUGUAGCGCAUAGGAUCAAGCAUCUCACUAUGAUACUCUGUGUAAUGCUGUGUCGAUUAAGGAGCAGCUUUGGUGAAGAAACAGUUUUUUGCACAGUGGACAUUGCCGUAUGAGUGAACUGUUCAGCCAGUGGCGUGUACAAGAUGUAUUUCUCUGAAGGAAACCGUCAGUGGAUAGCACCAAAGUUAAAUGCUGAAGUAUAACCAUGUGAAUUUGCUUGCAACUCGAAAGUUUGUAAAGAAAAAAGAAAAAAAAAACAUUUAAUAUAUCUUACAUUGCAAUUAUUUUUUUACUUGUAUUUUGGCAUGCAGUUCUAAUUUUUUGCUUUUAUUUACCUACAUCCCUCAUUGUAUCUGUGGUUAGACAGUCCAUUUUUAACUUGAAUUACACUGAUUCAUGUAAAAUUCAGUUAAGCCAAGACGUGUUUUCAUAUCAAAGUCAGACACAAUUCAACAUCAGUCAUCCAUGGUCUUUAUACAUUUUACAAUUUUAUUUUUUAAAAAUCUGAAAUAAGACUUUAAGAUUUAGAAUUAUGACAUAUAGAAACUAUUGUAUAUUUUGUAUGACUGUCAGUUCAGUAUCAAAUGUAUAACAGUCCAGGAUUAUUUAACAUGUAUAUAAUGGUAAAACAUUAAUAUGAGAAAUGUAUGUAUAUGCGACCAUCAAAAACAAUGAAUGCCAAAUCCUCA